AUGUCUUAUACGUAUGUAGCCAGCGUCAUGAAUCCCACCUCAAGUAACCCCACGGCCAUUCCCGCAGCGACAAGCGGCUCACGUUCUAAGCUGCUCUCUUCGAACCUGAAAAACUUCGUCAGCAAGCCCGCUAUCACACAUCCGCAAAAGGCGCUCACGGUGCAACUCUGGAACGCGGAUCAGAAGGCGAAAAUGUCUUCGUCGCAUGGUAAUGGGUCUGGGGAAGAGCACGUUGGACCUAGGCAGACGGCGACGGCAACGACGAGUGAGCUUGAUGAGAUGAAUGCCAAGCAUGUGGAUACGUCUGGGACGAGAGGGGUUGGACAGGGUGGGAGGAAUGGUCAAGAGCGUGGUAGGCAGUAUGGAACGGAGAGUGGGGAUAAGCUGGAGCGAGACUUUACGAAUGGGUAG